CUCAGCUUUAGCCUUUUGCCCAUUUAAAGCAACACCCACCCACCUCUUUCUAUUUCCCAUUUCGUACGCCUCUCCCCACUAUAAUAUAUCACUCACCUUCCUCUUAACGCCACAACAAACUCUUCAAACACUUUAUUCUUCUUCUCCUCUGGUUCCUUUUACGCUUUCCACGCUGAGCCUUUUCACCUGACGCCCUCUUAAGCUCAAUGGCGACGGCAGGCGAGAUUCUCAGGCGGAAUCUGACCGAAAGUUUUGAUCUUUCUGGUGAUUCGCAGAUGGGUUCCGGCGAGCUGCAUGUUCUUGCUGUGGAUGACAGCCACGUGGACCGGAAGGUCAUUGAACGCCUGCUAAAGAUAUCAUCCUGCAAAGUGACGGCCGUUGACAGUGGGACGAGAGCUCUGGAGUAUCUGGGCUUGGAUGGAGAGAAGAGCUCGGUUGGAUUUGAUAACAUGAAGGUGAAUUUGAUCAUAACGGACUACUCAAUGCCAGGGAUGACAGGAUAUGAACUGCUAAAGAAAAUCAAGGAAUCAUCGGCUUUUCGAGAAGUUCCGGUGGUGAUCAUGUCAUCGGAAAACAUCCUUACUCGUAUUGAUAGAUGUUUAGAGGAAGGAGCUGAGGAAUAUAUAGUGAAGCCGGUGAAGCUUUCCGACGUGAACCGUUUAAAAAACUUCAUGCUGGCAGGAGAAAGAAAAGAAACCGAAGAGAAAAAGAUUCACAAAAGAACAUUUUCAGUUGACUACAAUGCAUCAUCAUCUCCCUCCUCUUUACCACAACUUUCGCAACCGUUCGCUUGCAAUCUAGCAUCGUCUCAGCUACCACCUUUGUCACCAUCAUCGUCAUUGCCACGAUGUUCGUCAAAGAGACCGAGAUUGCACACGAUGGAUUGAUCGUUAUGUCAGCCAUUAGGGUUAUUGUAAUUCCACAUUUUGACACACAGCGCCCCCCAUUUUGCAGAACAGAGAAAUUCCUGUUGCCAAUGUGCGUGAAUUUUCUUCCACUGCCAUAUGUAAAUUCCAGCAUCAAAAUUUCACUUGGACCAGGAAAAAGAAGGGGGGAAAGAGCAGACAUAUAUGAAAGUCUUGUAUUAAAAAGUCCUUUUGCUUCCUA